UUCCUGUCGCUGUCUGUCUUUGUCAUAUGGUCUUUGUCCCCUCAGAGACUCAGAGUGAGGAGAGGAGGAACAUGUCCGCCGUGCAGCUGCUGCGGGUGUCGGUACAUGAGCUGAUCAGCGCUGCCGCUGAAGACUUCCUGCUGCAGGUGGAGAAAGGAGGAGGAAAGGAUCAAGUCCCGGAGCUGAGAGCGAUGCUCACCGAGCGGCUCGCGGCGGCGGGGGAACAGAUCCUCGCGGGGCUUGAGGAAACCUUGUUAGAGUACGAGGAUCGAGUGGGGCGGUCCGAGCGGGAGAUCUGCCGACAGAGGAGGCUGCUCGAUGCCGCGAUGCAGCCCGUAGUCCGGCUGCACAGAGCAGACGUCCAGCACCGGAUGGUGAAUAAAGAAGAGGUUCCCUCUGAGGAGCAGCAGUGGAGCCCCCUUGUGAACCAGGAGGACCUAGAGACCCCCCGCAUUAAAGAGGACCCAGAGCUCCCCCACAUUAAAGAGGAACAGGAGGAACCGUGGACCGAUCAGGAUGGACAGCAGCUUAAAGGACUGGAGGAGGCUGAUAUCAAGUUCACAUUGACUCCUGUCGCUGUGAAGAGUGAAGAAGAUGAAGAGAAACUUAAAUCGUCAAAGCUUCAUCCAAGUGAGAUGACGGAGAACAGAGCAGACUUCGGAGGACAAGAACAAGCCAGGAACUCAGCUCCUGAUGGACGUUUACAACCAGGUCCUGAAGACAAGACUGAAGACUCUUCUGAGACUGAAGUCAGUGAGGAUGAAUUGAUGGAGACCAGGGAAACUCAGGCUGAUUUAAAUACAAGAAAUAACAAACAGCCUCUAAGUGAUAUGGGAUGUAAGACAGAAAAAAAACUUUUUAGUUGCUGCGAGUGUGAUAAAAGAUUUAACAAAGGGUCCAAUCUAAAUAGACAUAUGAGGAUUCAUACAGGAGAGAAACAGUUUAGUUGCUCUGAGUGUGGUAAAAGAUUUAACAGAAAGGGUGGUCUAAUUACACAUAUGAUGAUUCAUACAGGAGAAAAACCGUUUAGUUGCCCUGAGUGUGAUAAAAGAUAUACCGAAAGGGGCAAUCUACUUAAACAUAUGAGGAUUCAUACAGGAGAGAAACCGUUUAGUUGUUCUGAGUGUGGUAAAAGAUUUACCCAUAGGUGCCAUCUAAAUACACAUAUGAGGAUUCAUACAGGAGAGAAACCGUUUAGCUGCUCUGAGUGUGGUAAAGGAUUUAUCGAAAAGGGCAAUCUAAAUACACAUAUGAGGAUUCAUACAGGAGAGAAACCGUUUAGCUGCUCUGAGUGUGGUAAAGGAUUUAUCGAAAGGGGCAAUCUAAAGACACAUAUGAUGAAUCAUACAGGAAAGAAACCGUUUAGCUGCCCUGAGUGUGGUAAAAGAUUUCACAGAAGGGGCGGUCUAAUUACACAUAUGAUGAUUCAUACAGGAGAAAAACCGUUUUGUUGCCCUGAGUGUGAUAAAAGAUAUACCGAAAAGGGCAAUCUACUUAAACAUAUGAGGAUUCAUACAGGAGAGAAACAGUUUAGUUGUUCUGAGUGUGGUAAAAGAUUUACUCAUAGGUGCAAUCUAAAUACACAUUUGAAGAUUCAUACAGGAGAGAAACCGUUUAGCUGCUCUGAGUGUGGUAAAGGAUUUAUCGAAAGGGGCAAUCUAAAUAUACACAUGAGGAUUCAUACAGGAGAGAAACCGUUUAGUUGCCCUGAGUGUGGUAAAGGAUUUAGCCAUAGGAGCAGUCUAAAUAAACAUGUGAUGAAUCAUACAGAAAAGAAACCGUUUAGCUGCCCUGAGUGUGGUAAAAGAUAUACCCAAAGAGGCAAUCUAAAGACACAUAUGAUGAGUCAUACAGGAGAGAAAUCGUUUAGUUGAUCUGAGUGUGGUAAAAGAUUUAAGAUUCGGUCAUACUGUACGAGACGUGAGGAUUCAUGAAGGAGAGAAGUGAUUCAAAUGCAACCUUUGCAUCAGGUAUUUAUUAAGAACUAUGAGCAAAUAUUCAUAUUAUACAUAUUCAUAGUUCACUGUUUUAAAGGGGACAUAUUAUGAAAAUUCCACUUUUGUAGUGCUUCUACACGUUAAUUUGGGUAUCUGGCAUGUCUACCGUCCCAAAAACUUUGGAAAAAAACAACUCCUGCGAUUUGUUGUGGUUCCUUUGUCAGAAACGAGACGGCAGUACGGCCUAAAAGUACGUCAUUUUCCAACCAUGCCUUGGACCAGCUUGCUGCUACCCGUCAGACAUCUAAGUGGCCGCAUAAACAUGCUGAUGGUCAAGGCGGAGACCCCUGGGACACCUCUAAACGUCGACUCAGCAGUGUGGAAGGAUGCUGCUGCGCCAGCUCCAGCUCCAACUGCUGGGCGGCGCUGGGGCUCUGGCAGCCAGGCUUCGGCCCACCUGACUCUGGUUCAAAAACAAUAAGGUUGAAAGAUUGUCCUCUUCGUCUCCACUAGCCAUAUUUCUACAGAGGUAAUAGAUAGUUACAAAUCUGGGCGCUUGUAUCUCGUGAAGGGGGGGCACUCAAAACAGGUCAAUCUGAGGAGGGCUGUUUUAGACAGGGUAAAAAGGGUGCGGUUUUAAAUGAUCCUUGUGGUAUUUUGACCAAAAUAUGCUACAGACAUUUCAUUAAGACCUCUAGGAACCAUAUCGACUGUUGUAAAAUGGGCAAGCGAUGGGUCUUUUAAGUAGACUAUUAACCGUUUUUAUGUCUCAGAAAAUAUAAAUCUUUCAAAUCAGUGUUUAUAAAUCGUGUUUCUACUGAUUUCUACAAAAUGUAUCUAUUUUUCAUAAAGUCCUUAUGUCAUUUUAAGGUUAAAUUGUGUUCCUUGCACAGUAUGAAUGUGUGUUCUUAAUUAGUUAAUAUGAUUAAAUGUGUUUGUUUUAAGACAA